AUGUCUAGAUGUGCAGUAAGUGAACAUCCGAACAAUAUUAACAAGGGUGAUCGUCACAGACUACCGCACCCGGUGGGCAUCGUGCUCUUCAACAACUCAGAGACGGACUUCACCGUGAAGCCCGGCGACUGUGUCACACAGAUGAUUGUCCAGGUGAUUGUGAUGCCGGAGGUCGAUGAGGUGGAGGACCUUUACGCCACCGUCAGGAGGUUGCCGAGGUGGAGGACCUCGAUGCCACCGUCUGGAGGUUGCCGAGGAAAACUUCUCUCUAAAUGGGAAGGUCCUUACGUUAUCGAGGAGGUCUAUCAUUCCGGUGCCAUAAAAAUCAACAACUUCGAAGGCACAAAUCCGAAGGUGGUGAACGGUCAAAGAAUCAAACAUUAUAUCUCA